AUGGGACUUAGCGUAAUUUUGCUAGCCAACGAUGACUUUGCAAAUCAAAUGUAUGCUUAUUCAUGCUAUAAGCUACGGUAUUAUUUGCUGACUGUGAAUAGAGGUAGAAGUACAGCCUUUCAGAAUAAAAUAGUAGAUAUACUAGCCAUUUAUGUUCUCAAUCGUUACCUAGAUAUAAUAACACUUUGCCGAUCUCUUGAGCCUAUGGUUGCAGGCCUUAUGCUUGGAGGUGACAACAUCUCGCUAGAGGCUCUAGGGGAGGAAAAAGCUCUUAUGUCAUGCAACCAAGAGAGAUGGCUGAUUCCGAAUCUUGUGUCUCUAUCUAGGCUUGCUGCUUCGUAA